AUGGCGGCGGCGGCGGCAGCGAGGGCUCUGCGGCGCCUGGCGCCGAGCGGGCGGCAGGUGGGCACGGGCGGGGCGGGGCGGGGACCCCCCGCCGCCGCCGCCUCUUACCUCUGCCUUCCGCAGGGCCCCGCCGCCGGGCGGCUGCUCCAGCUGCGCAGGGGGAUCCGGCUCUCCGCGCCCGCCGCCAUACAGGUGACGGUGCGCGACGCGCUGAACCAGGCGCUGGACGAGGAGCUGGAGCGCGACGAGCGCGUCUUCCUGCUCGGCGAGGAGGUGGCGCAGUACGACGGCGCCUACAAGAUCUCCCGGGGGCUCUGGAAGAAGUUUGGGGACAAGAGGAUAAUCGACACCCCCAUAUCGGAGAUGGGCUUCACGGGGAUUGCUGUUGGUGCUGCUAUGGCUGGGCUGAGGCCAGUGUGUGAAUUCAUGACAUUCAACUUCUCCAUGCAAGCCAUAGACCAGGUCAUAAACUCCGCUGCCAAGACCUGCUACAUGUCCGCAGGAUCCAUCGCCGUGCCCAUCGUCUUCAGGGGCCCCAACGGGGCAUCCGCCGGCGUCGCUGCCCAGCACUCGCAGUGCUUCGCUGCUUGGUAUGGCCACUGCCCAGGCCUGAAAGUUGUCAGUCCGUGGAGCUCGGAGGAUGCCAAAGGUCUGCUUAAAACCUCCAUCCGGGAUGAUAAUCCAGUUGUGAUGCUGGAGAAUGAACUGCUGUAUGGGGUUCCCUUUGAAAUGUCAGAAGAGGCACAGUCAAAGGAUUUUCUUAUUCCAAUCGGAAAGGCCAAAGUAGAAAGGCAAGGCACUCAUGUUACAUUAGUGUCCCACUCGAGACCCGUGGGACACUGUCUGGAGGCUGCUGCUGUACUUGCCAAGGAAGGUGUCGAGUGUGAGGUUAUAAAUCUACGUACUAUUCGACCAAUGGAUAUUGAGACAAUAGAAACCAGUGUUGUCAAGACAAACCAUCUCGUAACUGUAGAAGGAGGAUGGCCACAGUUUGGAGUAGGAGCUGAAAUCUGUGCCAGGAUCAUGGAAGGACCUGCCUUUAACUACCUGGAUGCUCCAGCUGUCCGUGUUACAGGUGCAGAUGUUCCUAUGCCUUAUGCAAAAAUUCUAGAAGAUAACUGCAUACCUCAAGUAAAGGAUAUAAUAUUUGCAGUGAAGAAAACCUUAAAUAUCUAAAUUGUAAAUACAUAUUUUAAAGUACUGCUUUAAAAAGCAUUAAUGUUGUACGACGAGCUGAAUGCCUAACUGUUGUAUAGCUACAUGAACUUUUGUACAGUGGAAAAAACAUUAUGACCUCCCUGAAUAUUUAUAUGGCUGUGUGUAAUGGGGGUAUCCUCUAAGCCGUACUUCCCUGUGAUGAUGUACUAAUGCUUAUUUGUAAGUGAGCUUGUACUUCAGCAGUACAAGUGGAUUGGUGUUACAGUAUAUGGAGAAAUCCUAUUCUGAAUUCAGAGGGUGACUAAACCCUCUGCUUUUGCCUGUCUUGUAAUUAUCAGACUGGAGGCGAUAUAGGUGACUGUGGAGGCGGUCAGGUAAAGAACAGCAGUGAGCAGUGGGCUCCUGGGGCCUGUGCGAGCAAGGCUUAUUAAAGGUGAAUGAUUAAACCAGAGUGGAGUUGAGCCUUGUUUUUCAGCAUCACAACUUAAGUGCAACUAUCUAGACAAAGGUGUUUUAAAAGUCUGUGGUAAGUAUUAGAGAUGGCUACCCUGUUUAGUUUGAAGAAAACUAGUCUCAUGCAGUAAAGCUUCUGCAGCGUGGCUUAAAUAAAGAUAGUGAUCGUCUUCGGUAUGUGAUGGACAAUAACUUUUUUUCACUAUUUACCACCUAAAGCAAUAAAGCAUUUUGAGUUGCCAAAACUUAUGCAUUAUUAAACUUACUACAGAUGCACACAGCACUCUCAAUUACAGUUCUUACAAUAAAAAGCCGUUCUAUGGCGAUGCUGUAUGGCUGGCUCUGAAGAGCAGCACAGCCUUGGCCUACACUUGUAGCAGCUACCA